AUGUCGGUGGACAUUGAAGGGCAUGAUGCUGCCAGGUAUUCCACGGCAUUCUCAAGGCUGGAGAAGUUGGGCAUCAGGCACCCUAAGCCCUCUUCUUUUGUUGGCAACUUGAUGUUUUUCCACCAGGGUUUUUGGGAGAGCCAAUUGGAACUCCGAAGGCGAUUCUGGCGUCUGUGUGGGUACUAUCUUGGUCGUCGGAUGUACGUUGUUAUUUCUGAGCCAGACAUGAUCAAGCAGGUGUUGGUGGAGAACUUCAGUAACUUUUCCAACAGAAUGCUAUGUAGUUUCCACUCUGCUUCAGGUCUGGAACCCAAGCUAGUAGCAGACAGCAUCCUGUUGUUGCGUGGCAGAAGAUGGGAAGAAGUCAGAGGUGCCCUGAUGUCUGCAUUCAGUCCUGAAAAUAUGACACCUCUCAUCAGCCAAGCCUGUGAACUUCUCCUGGCUCACUUAAAAAGCUAUGCAGCAUCCAGAGACGCAUUCGACAUCCAGCGGUGUUACUGCUGCUACACCACAGAUAUGGUGGCCAGCGUGGCCUUUGGCGUCCAGGUGGACUCCCGGAAUGCUCCAGAAGAUCCCUAUGUGCAACACUGUCGGCGUUUCUUUGCCUUCUGGCUCCCCAGGCCUCUCCUGGCUUUACUCUUGUCAUUUCCAUCCAUAAUGGUCCCAUUGGCCCGGAUUCUGCCCAAUAAGAACUGAGAUGAAGUGAAUGGCUUUUUUAACAAACUCAUUAGGAAUGUGAUUGCCUUACGGGACCAGCAAGCAGCAGAAGAGAGGCGGAGAGACUUCCUGCAGAUGGUGCUGGAUGCCCAGCACAGCGUGAGCUCGGAGGGUGUGGAAAGCUUUGACAUGGUCACAGAAGCCCUGUCCUCUACCAAGUGCACAGAGGACCCACCCCAAAGGAGCCAUCCUACAUCUGUGUCUAAGCCUUUAACCGUGGAGGAAAUUGUGGGCCAGGCCUUCCUUUUCCUCACUGCUGGCCACGAGAUCAUAACGAACACCCUCUCCUUCAUCAUGUAUCUGCUGGCCACCCAUCCUGACUGCCAGGAGAGGCUUCUGGAAGAGGUGGACCUCUUCAUGGAGAAGCAGCCAGCCCCGGAGUACCGCAGCCUGCAGGAAGGCCUGCCCUAUCUGGACCUGGUGAUUAAAGAGACCCUGAGGAUGUACCCACCAGCUUUCAGGUUCACAUGGGAGGCAGCACAGGACUGUGCGGUGCUGGGACAGCAUAUCCGAGGUACAGUGCUGGAGAUAGCUGUGGGUGCCCUACACCGUGACCCAGAGCACUGGCCGUACCCUGAGACCUUUAACCCUGAAAGGUUCACAGCAGAGGCCUGGCUUCAGCAGAAGCCCUUCAUGUCUCCCAGGAGCUGCCUCGGGGUGCGGCUGGGGCUGCUGGUGGUCAAGCUGACGCUACUCCAGGUCUUGCACAAGUUCCACUUUGAAGCUAGCCCUGAGACCCAGGUUCCACUUCAGCUAGACUCCAGAUCUGCCCUAGGCCCUAAAAAUGGAGUCUACAUCAAGAUUGUGUCACGCUGACCUAGAAGGUACAUGGGAAAAACGGAGCACCUUGUAAUGGUAACAUCUGCAGAUCACUGUUAGAAGGGUGCCCAGGAUUCAAACAAAAGCCUCUCGGCGGGGAGAAGGGAGAUGAAAUGUUUAAAGAUACCAUUAUCUUAGGAUGAUUAGUACAUGGCAUGUGAGCAUAAGUUACUGACAUCAUAAUUCCUAAAUGUUUAAUAAAUGUCAUGCUUCAUUUUGACAUUGCCAGUGUGGUUCAAAGCAUGGUUUUCUUGGAACUGAGAUUAAAUAAAGGAGUAUUUAAAUAAGGGAGUAUGGUGUCAAAGGAAGUCCUGACCUCCGGGCAGAAGUAUUCUAAAGUGCAGGGACACUCAGGUAAAUGCUCCUGACAGCACUGGCACUGACCUUUAUAGCUUCUUGUGAUUCAUGAGUUUCAGAGAAUAAUGAGUAUGGACACUCAGUCUCCAAAGUGGCUCCAAAGACUCAUUAUGCUUUGAUUUCUGAAGUAAGGGCAAAGAGAUGUAUUGGAAAUUUCUAAUAAAUUUAUAAUAACACAGGUUAAAGGACACUGUUUAUACUCACUGGUGAUGGUUUGGGAAUGUAGGUUCUCUAGGUGAUUAGGUCCAGAGCAGGAAGUCCUCAUCAGUGAGAUUAACACCCUUAUAUAAUAAAGGGCCUAGGACACAGAUGUCCAGCUAUGAGGAAUGAUCCUUACCAUGAAUCUAUAGGCACCUUGAUUUUUAACCUCCUAGUCUCCAAAACCUUGAACAACAAAUGCCUAGUACGCAUUAAAACCACUAUAGGUGGUUCUAUUAGCCCAAAGGACCAAGAUA